AUGGAAGCGAUGGAUGGCGACACGUUCUUCGCUCGGCACCACGCCGACGCCACGGACACGGAGGUGCUGAUUUUCGCCCUCUUCAUCCGGGUCGUCGACGGCAAGUGGCACAAGGAGACGUGCGAGGCCGUGGUCAAGGCGGUGGAUGGCUGGGAGGGCUGCGGCGCGCGCGAGGGCGUGACAGUCGGCCACCUACUCUCAUACCACUCGCUGCUAAACAAGAACCCGGACAGUGGCGGGCUUGGCGGGCUGCCGCAGCCGCCGCGCGGCAAGAGGCCGCCGAAGCGCUUCAAAGCGUGGGCUGCGACGCGCGUCGCCGACCUAAUCUAUCGGCGCGACCCAAUCUUGCGCGCGGCUCUCGGCAUACCGCCGGCCGCCGCCGCGCUGCCUUCUGCUCCCAGUAUGAUAGAGGAGAACGCGGCGCUCACCGCGACCAUCGGGUUGAAGGACCAGAAGAUCGAGGCGCUCGAGCGCGAGCUGGCGGUUUGCCGCGCGCAGCGCGCGGGCUUCGCCGACAAGCUCCACAAGGUGAAGAAGCGCGCGGAGCGCAAGCGGGCUGACGCGCGCAAGUACAAGGAGGCGCAGCAGCGCGGCUACUCUGAGGCCCAGAAGACGGCGCGGGCGGCGCAGCUCGCCAUGCGCAAGCGGAACUUUGACGCGGCCGUCGAGCGCGCGUCCUACGUGCGCGUUGUGACGCUGACCAAGAAGCUGGAGCGGGCAAACGAGAAGCUCGCGGACGCUGGCCUCGCGCACGCGGCGUCGCUCGAGGUCAAGAAGACGGAGGUGGCGACGGCGCGCAAGCGGGCGCGCGCCGUCGAGGGCGACGCGGCGAAGCUGCCCGGGCUGCAGCUCCAGGUCAAGGAGCUCAAGGCGCGGGUCGAGGAGCUCAGGGUUGAGGAGGAGUCCAAGUCCGAGGACGACGAGCCGUCGCCGCGCCCGGGCUGCUCGCCGAUUGUCGGCCUGCUGCCGCGGCGCGACGAGCACGGCCGCUGGCAGGCCGAGUCCGCCGAGCUGCGCGGGCUGCGGCACGCGCAGCUCGCGCGCGGCGUGGCCUCAUCCACCGUCUCCGCCAACAUCCAGGACGUGCUCGACGUGCUGUGCCCGGGCCACGGCGUGCCGGCCGCUUGCGCGCGCCAAAGCAAACUGAUGCGCGGCGAGGUCACGAUCGCCGGCGAGGCGAUGGCCGCCUUUAAGUUCGCGGCGAGCCGGCGCGUCAUAUCCUUUGGCUGGGACGAGUCGACCAAGUUCGGAAACUCCGUCUUCAGCUGCGACUUCCAGCUCGAGCACUUCGACGGCACCAUCGAGGACGUGUGCUUGCGCGGGCUCUCGAUACUGCCGCACGGCGGCACGUCGGACACGGUCCUCAUGACGGACACGUGCAACGGCGCGCGCUGCACGCGGCGCAUGGUCGCCGCCGCUGCGAUGGUCGCCGUCGAGGCAAAGGUCGGCAAGGCGGCGUGGGAGGCCAUGACCGAGGAGGAGCGCGAGCGGAAGUACAAGACGUACCUCGGCGACUGCUGGCAGCACCGUCGCAACAUAAUCAUAGAGGCCAUGGCGGCCGCGGCGAACGCGUCGGUGAAGGCGACGCUCGACGACGAACUGGACGAGUUCUCCUCCUUCGAGCGCAUCGACCCGGACGGCAGCUGCGUCAUUCGCGCCGCGUUCAAGCAGUUCCAUCACGGGGGCGAGUACGCGAAGGGGCGCGGCCGCGAGUUUGAGUCGUGGCGCAAGACGCGGGCGCUGAUGUUCCUCCCCUUCGAGCGGGCGGCCGGGUCGCGGCGGGACCUAGCCUUCGACGGCUGCGUGCCCCUCUUCAUCAACCGCGUGACGUGCGUCGACUUUUUGCGCGGCUACAUCGACUACCCGAAAUCGCAGAACGUGCUGGACAAGUCGCUCUACACCGUGAUGAAGUGCAACGAGUUCACGGCGCUCCUCCGCGUCAACACGCUCUGGCGCUUUGCCUUCUCGGACCCGCUCCGGUGGCUCUGUGGCAGCGCCAGCAAGCUCGACGAUUGGUCCCUCUACAAGAUGGGCUGGGUGCUGGAGCAGGUCGAGGCGGGCAUGGAGCAGGUUGUGGCGGACCCGGCGCGGCUACUCGACCCCGAGUUCGACAUGUUCGCCGCCGUCGCCGAGGAGCUGCCCGCCUUCCGCGACUGGCGCGCCGAGCUGCUGGCGCUGCCGCUCAAGGGAUGCGGCGACCACACCUUCGCCGACGUCCUGCGCGAGGCGCGCGUGCCGACGCCUGGCUCGGGCAACCAGCAGCUGGCGCUGGCUGACAAGCUCGAGUCGCAGGACGGCGUCAACGCGUGGAGCAAGAACGAGGACGCGCACCGGCGCACCAUCGACGCGCACGCGACGAACGACGCGGUCGAGAACAAGUUCGCCAUCGCCGACUACAUCAUGCGGUUCUACCGCAACAUGAGCGUCUUCAACGUGUCUGGCGUGGUGCAGCAGCGCGCGGCUCACGACUACGACCGCCCGCUCGACGUCGUCAGCGACCGGCGCAAGCGUAAGGCGGAGCCGGCGGAGGCUCCCCCCCUCGGCUUCUUCUGGAGGUUGCGCGCCGAUUUGCGCUCGUCGCUCGUCACGAUGGCGCGGCGCAGGCUGCCGGACGCGCUCAAGGAGGGGCGAGCCGAGGUGCUAUCUCACGACCAGGAGAAGCUGCUGCGCCGCGAGGAGGCAGUGCAGCGGCAGCUCAACGCCGCGGUCGAGAGGUACGCCGCCGCGCUCGAGCUCUUCGACCAGUGGCGGAAGCAGGGCGUGAAGACCGCCGCCGAGCUCGAGCGGGCGCUGGGCGGCAAGUCGGAACCCGAGCAGCUGGCGGAGCUGCGCCGCCAGAUCGAGAUGCGGACAGUCGGCGGCGCCUCCUCAGCUGCGGGUCCGCUCGAUCAAGACCCUGGGCACCGCCUGGAGCAGCAGAGCAUCUUCAACGUCUCGAACCUCCUCGAGAAGGCGAAGGCCGCGCGGGAGCUGCGCGAGGCGGCGGGCAUCUCGGACAGCGUCGAGGUGCGGCAGGACCGCGAGGCCCCCCCCUUCGACACGCGCCUCGUGGGAAAGUGGCUCGAGGUGUGCUGGCCAUACAAGGAGGACGGUAGGACGGUCAAGAUCUGGGCCGCCGGCAGGGUCAAGCGCGUCGCGGACGGCCUCACCGACAAGAGGAGCCCGCGCGCACGCAAGAUCCUCCUGGCCGGCAUGCUGCUCUGGGCUUGGGACACCGACCCCGAGUACGACGAGCCGGCGGGGGAGAGAUGGAUCGCCUUUCUUCCCGAGAAGUGGAACAAGCCGGUCUCGUAUGGUGCGACUUUCAAAAAUAGCGCGGCCGGCGGAGCUCUUUUUUCCGGAGGAGGUGGUGGCUAUGGCUUUGGACCUUUGCGAGAGGUGGCGAGCGGAGCAAGAGCGGUGUAG